AUGUCUCAACUGAUUGAGACUGACCAUGCAGAUAUCAACGCGGCUAUACCUUCAAAUGGGAAGACACCGCUCUUCUUCUUCCUCGAUCGCAACGCUACAUUUCUGGCUCACAAAUCCCUAGACUAUGGCCAGGACUGCAAGGUCGUGGAUAGGGAGGGUAAUGAGGAAUUGCACGUGGCCCUCGGUAAGUCCAACUCAGACGCCAGAAUCAUCAAGAAACUGAUCGAGGCAGGCACCGACGACAAUCUCAGCAACAAGUCUGACAUAACACCUAUGGACGUCAUGAGGCUAUCAGGCGAAUACGCGAAAGAGAUUUGGGGCAUGUUACUCCGUGCCGGUGCUGACAUCAAUGCCAAAGACAAAUAUGGCCGUACCGCACUUUUUAGGAUGGUCAAGUCCCGUACUUCCAAGACCCUCACAGAGACAUGA